AAGAUGUCUACCAUCGGAAUGCUUGGGUGUACUGUAUAUAAAUAAUCAUAUAUGUGCACAUUAUUACAUUUAGCAACUAAUACGUUUCGAAAGCACUCAUUCCUGGUGUGCAGUGACAGAUUCCUUUCUAACAAGGGCCUCGCCGACAGAGGCACCUGUUAGUUUCAAAAAUGUCAAAUCUUAAUUGGAAACCUUUCCUGUAUGGAGGCCUUGCUUCAAUUGUUGCAGAGUUUGGUACCUUCCCCAUUGACCUCACUAAGACCCGUCUUCAGGUUCAAGGGCAGACUGCUGAUGCUCAUUAUACGCAAAUCAGGUACAAAGGCAUGUUUCAUGCCUUGCUGAGAAUAGGGAGGGAAGAAGGAAUCCUAGCGUUAUAUUCAGGAAUAUCACCGGCCCUGCUGCGACAGGCAUCGUAUGGCACUAUAAAGAUUGGUACUUAUCAAACCAUGAAACGUUUGUUUGUCAGCCGUCCGGAAGAUGAAACAAUGAUAAUCAAUGUAUUUUGUGGUGUGGUGUCUGGAGUAAUAUCAUCUGCCAUUGCUAAUCCGACUGAUGUUCUAAAGAUAAGGAUGCAGGCUCAAGGAAGUGUAAUUCAGGGAAGUAUGAUAGCAAACUUUUUGGAUAUCUAUCAUCAAGAGGGAACCCGAGGACUUUGGCGGGGUGUUUUGCUUACUGCCCAGAGAGCCGCCAUUGUCGUUGGUGUGGAGCUUCCUGUUUAUGACAUCACCAAAAAGCAUUUAAUCCUCUCUGGUCUGAUGGGAGACACAGUAUACACUCAUUUUAUUUCUAGCUUUACCUGUGGCCUUGCUGGUGCCUUGGCAUCAAAUCCAGUGGAUGUGGUGCGAACUCGUAUGAUGAACCAAAGAGUCAUAGCUGGCAACCAAGUGAUAUACAAAGGGACCUUGGAUGGACUAUUGCAGAUAUGGAAAAGUGAAGGCUUUUUUGCACUUUAUAAAGGUUUUUGGCCCAACUGGCUACGCCUGGGACCAUGGAAUAUUAUUUUCUUUAUCACCUAUGAGCAGCUAAAGAAGCUUCCUUUUUAAAAUGAAGAUGUUCCAAUGAAGAAGUGAAACACUGACAAAUUCUCUUCUCACGGAUUGAGCUAAAGCUAUUUGUGUUCUUAGGUCAAUGUAUUUUGUCCAUUAUCUUCAUUAUUUAUCCUGUUUAUUUAUUUUUUAUGACAAAAGAUAUAAUCAGUCUGUCACUGGUUUACCACAUUUCAUUUUAAUGUAUACAUGGGAUAAACACGAAUUAUAAGGAUGAGUAAGACAAAUGGAUAAGACUGAAAAAUCACUGUUAAUUUAGGAAAGAAUUGCAGCUUUGUUUGGUUUUUUCUUUUAUUUUUACUAGACACUCAAUCACAUAUGAAUUGUAAACAUAGUUAGCAGCAUUGCAUUCAUAUCCCAAAGGAUAUCCCAGAGUAGUUUACAAUUAGAUGAUAGGCUAUUCAUCUCUGACUGUUGUAUCUCCGGAAGAUAUUAACAUUUUGAAUUUGCAGUAGUUUCAUCCUAAAAAAAUAAUAUAUGUCCAAUAUAUGUACUGUUUCUCAGAUUAUUAGCAUAACCUAACAAACCCUUUUACAAUUUUAUAGAUUUUUUUGUUUUUAUAACCAACAGUUAAUUGUAUCUUUAUAUUCUGAGCUCCAACUUUUCUAAAAGUUCGACUAACAUUUUUGACGUUCUUGUUCUGUGUAAUUGUUCAAAACAAAAUCUUUUACACAUCAUAUUAACUGUUAAACCUGCCAGCUUGUUUAAGUCUGUUUACUUGGAGAUUGAAGCAAAGUACCACAUCCCACCACAUGCUUUAUAUAUUACAAUACAAACAGACAUACAGUUCAGCAGGUCGUCCAUUAGAUAAUUCUGAAUUCGUUAAGAAUUAAUAUGAUUAAAUGCAAAUAUUUUUAUAGCUUUGAGAAAAUGUUAUUUUUGCUCGAUGAGUAAUGAAGAUGCCUUUGAAAUGAUAGUUCCACAGUGUACUUAAAUCCUCAGGAUCACUUGGAAGCCUCUGUUUUGGUAGUUGUUUAAACACUCCAAAGUUUUUAUAUUUUGGUGGUGUCUACCAUAAAUUGUCAGUGCAUUUUCAGUAAUAUGUAAGGAGGAUUUAGAACUGAGACAUUUUCUGAAGAAAAAAAACUUUAAAAUAUAUAAAAAUUAAAGAAAAGCUCAAAGUAUUUAUUAUCUUUAAUAACCUUUUUAGUGUUAGGCUAAAGAACAAAAAUUAUUAUGGUAUGUUUAAGUUUGCAUCUUUUUAUGUAUUUGUAUUUUUUUGCCUCAAUAUUAUUGUACAUACUGUGUGGCCAUUAUGUCUAAGAUGCCUUACGUUUUUUUGUUUGUUUGUUUUUGUUAUGCAUUGGAAGUGUGAAAUAAAAAGUACAGGCAGAGCAUAGUGCCCUUGAAGGAUGCAUGUCUGUCUUCACCCUUAGUUACGGAAGACAGGAUUCUUGGGAGAUGUUACGCUUAGAUGCCAUAAGAUUUAAAAAAAACCAAAACAUAUUACUUGUAACUUAUGAUGCUGUGUUUAGCUGUAUUCUAUCCUGCAUUCAUGAAGUGGGGAACUCAUAAUAGCAAGACUAGGAAAAAUAAAUUUGAAUGACAUUCCAAGUCCACAUUAGAAGUGGGAUACUCAGUAAUCAAUUCCGAGCCCCCAAGUUUCAGUCACAUUGUUUUGUUGAUAUCACUUGAACAAGGAAGUGAGGUAGCCAUAACAGCAGUUGCAGUUAAUAAUGGUUUUGUGUACGUUUUUUAAAUUUUUUUUUAUUAAUUAACAUAUUGGGCUGAACCUGCAAAAGUAACAGCACAAAGUAGUCUGUGUCUUGCUCUGGUAGUAAGCAGAAGUGUAAGGUAGAGGGGCAUGUUGCUCUGAGCUAACCUCCUGUGAAGAGGAUUUCAAACCUUGCUGAGUUUAUUCAGAGGGCUUUACAGCAUUUCAUAGGUCAUUUAUUAGAGUGAUUUAAUUAAAUUAUUUAUUUUUGCAAAUACUAAUAUUGAAAUCUUAAAAUUAUUUGUUACAGAUUUGAAGCUUCUUUCUUAAAAUAUAGUUUAUUAUCUAGGGAGUUCUUAUAGAAUUGCACAGCAGUGCAGUGGUUAGCGCUUUUGCAUCACAGUUCAAGGAGAUUGGAUAUAGAUCCUUGUCGCUGUCUUUAGAGUAUUUGCACGUUCUCCCUAUGUCGGUGGAGUUUUCUAGGGUUGCUCUGUUUUUCCUUCAACAUCAUGCAUAUUAGAUUACUUGAUGACUCUGAAUUGGCCACAUAUUGAUGAGUGUGCCCAACCACCAUACAUGCCCCAUCUAAUGUUUUUCUUGCCUUGCAUACAGUACUGCCGGGGUAGACUCCAGUUCCUUGUGACCCUAGACAUGGAUUAGAAAGGUGUAGUAGUCAUUUUAUUUUCACAUGUUCACAUAUACACGCCUGUACACACAGAGAGUUAGCCCUGCGCACAACAAAUGGCUUAACUUUCCUAGUCAAAAACAUCGUUCUAUUUUUUCGUGUAUCGCUGGCACUGUUUGUGAGAUUACGGUAUACACACAAACACUGGAUUUUAUGUACAUGCAGCACUUGGAUGUGAAAAAAAUCAGUGCCUCAGGGCAUGGGAGGUGCAAUAUUAUGAUGAAUGAAUGAAUCAGUGAAUGAGUAAAAGCUUUUGAAAAAAAUGACAUUUUGUUGCAAAAAGAGUACUAUCUGUUUCAAGUUCUGAGCAAGUUUUAGUUUUAUGUAUGAAGUCAUUAUAAACAUUUCUAUUGCCAAGCAUCAUCAGUGAUUGUCCAGUUUAGGACAAACGCAUGUUUGUUGUUUGGCGUGUUGUUCAAUGCUGAUUUAAUUGUAAAAAAAAAAAAAAAUGCUCUUUUGCAAAAACAAAAUAAAAUGUUAGCACAAUAAGAGCAUUGUAGCAUUUAUGUGUUUCUAGUUUCUUUUAUUUUAUGCACAUUACCUUUGUGUGUAUUUUAUGUGUAAAUAGAUGUAAUCUGAAAAUAAAUGGAAAAAGAACAAGCCUUGAACAAUUCUGUGCCAAGUGACUGAUGUUUCUUUCAACUCAGUAAUAAACCAUGAAGCAUUAUUUAACUUA